GAAUAAAAUCGUGUCUCUAGAUUAUCCUGUAAAGUAUUUCUCGAAUUUGAGAGAUUACUCAUUGAACUAUAUUCAAAUUUACCAAAUGAGCAUUCGUUGUGCAGUGAAGUAAUACUAGAAAAUUGCAAUUUGAGUUGGAUAACUACGCACCAUUCAUCCUAUCCUAACUCUGGAAAGGUGCGACGAAAGUUGGCAAGUUCUAAGGAUUCUAGGCUAACUCAUCCUUUGUUACUUUGAAGAUUAAGACAUUUAACAUAGUGUGAGGCCGGGAUUGUUUCGCGAUUUAGAGUCAGUUUGAUUCCUGCGCAUUCGGUUAACGUAAAAUGGCUAAAGAUAACAACAAUAUUAACAUAACGGAAGAACUUACAAGUGGCUCAAAUACUCCGGCAGAUCUCAUCAAGCAAAGUAGCAGGGCAGAACAACAACAACAACAGCAAUUGGAAUCCAAUUCUGGCAGAACAAAUGGAGUUCAAAUGUCUCAUCCAGACGGAAACAGUGACAUUGUCGGAGCUACUCCCGAUUUACCACGCCGUGAGGAGAAUCCGUUUUCAUUUAAACAUUUUCUCAAGCGAGACUCAUCACUAGGCGGAGGAGCAUCUUCAUGUAAUACUACACCUGCUAGUGUCGGAUCUAACACGGUAAACAUUAACCAUAGCCGUAGUACCUCUAAUAUCAACGGAAACAACAACAACGGCAGCUCUAGUAAUAGCACCAACUUUAUCAAUGGUGGCAAUGCCAGUUGCUCCAACGCCGGUAUUAACAGUUCGGCCGGAAAUGGAGCCUCACCGUCGAAAUCUGCCACCACUAGUUCACUGCACAACACUAGCACAACUGGAGCGAAACCGAAAAUUCCACAGUUUCAAUCGGUUAAUACGCUCAGCAGCGAGUCAAAAAUGAAACGUUCACCCCGAUUUCCGUCCUUCGAUUCGCAAUCAAGUUUGUCUGAUCUGGCUGAUGAUAAAUUUAUGGCCAACAUAUAUCACAGCAGGAGCAACAAUUCGUUCAACUCUGAUUACCCUUUAGGAUGUGGUGGUUCCAUCUCAGGUGGCUCACAGUACGUACACAGGUCAUACUCAAAUUAUGACAUGGAAAGCCCGGGCUCAGUAGAUUCUCCAAGGCUGAUAGGUUCGCAAAAUCUGCACAAUUCUCCAAAUUUUGGUGGCAGAAGUCGUGAAAACCUAACAACUCAUCGUUUGGGGGCGUCUGAGUUCCCAGCGGCACUGCCCGACUUCGUACAGGAUCACUUAGUCAUGGAACAGUGGUACAAUACAAUGGGUUCGCCAAAAAGUGUUUCUCCCGUCUCUGUGGACUUUGAACAGCUGCCAGAUUUUACCGUCAAUAAUCUGGAACAGGAAUCCAGCGGUAGUCGAGCAAUGGUUAACGAUAUACCGUUUGAUCUAACGUACGGUUCUGUUUCGGCAGCAGGAACGGGAUCUGUUUCAAUGGGAACCGCAAAUCGCAAUCGAACUCCGUUGCGUACCUCGCCGAACGUUCCGUUAGAUUUGCCACCUCAAAAUUCAAAUUUCUCAUUUGAUCUUCCACGAAUGAGACGCUCGACUCCUCCGCAGCAGCAAGCACCCGUACCGGAAUUGCCACCCGAUUUGACUGAAAAUAGCGCUUCCGGCCAGGGAUGCGGGAGUCGCUUCGGCUUUGACAUGGAUCGUAAUCUUUCCUCACCGCCGCCCAGCUCGACUGCUGACAAGAUUCAUCGCUUGCCGGAUUUUUUAUCUGACGGUCCGAUUCACUCAUCCGGUCGAUUGGCUGAUGUUACACACGAUACGCCCCACUUCAACUCGCCGGACGCCGAUGCUCUGCAACAGUUGCAAAGGCUACAAAUCGAGCGGCAGGAGAACGAUCGUCUACGAAUCGAAGUGGAUGAUAACCGUCGAGUAAUAGCGGAACAGGCUCGACGAAUCAAAGAUCUGGAAAAAGCUCUGGAGGCGACGAAGAACAGUGCUACUUCGGCACAAGGCGUCGAGGGCAUCGAAGAGAAUUUGGACAAAAGCUAUCUACGUGCUGCCACUGCUGAGUCCCAGGUCAUUAAACUGAGGCAGAGAAUUAAGCGGCUAAACGCGGAAAUUGAAGCUCUAAGACAAGAGAACGACAACCUUAAAGAGGAAGGUGCUGUUGGUGGUGCUGAUAUAAGCGCAAGUGAGGGUGCAUGUGGAGGUGCCGCAGGUGGUUCUGGCGGAGUAACCGGGAAUAGAAACUUUGGCGGUAGGCAACCAUGGCGGCGCACGUUCUCACGUGCUCAGGAGUUAUCCCGUGAACUACGACAGGCAGCUGCUUCAGCGGAAAAUAAUUUACGGCAACUUCUAACCGGCGUGGACAACUUACGGAUGAUGGCGAGCACGAUCGAGAAUAUAGAUCGCAUAGAUAUAAGCCAUCCGGAGGACUUUCAGUCUGACAGUGACGAUAACGAUCUAUUGGGCCCAGCCCUUUAAAACGCUGAGAGUUGGAGAUUUUGAUCUGUGAAAUUAAAAACUGGAAAAGCGUUUUCUGUUGACGUUUCAGUAUAGUAUGAUUUUGCUGUUAUUGCUUGAGUUUUGAAAUGUUUUGUUGACAUUAACCUGAAAUUGCGCAGCUGAUAUUUAAAGAGAAAAUGACUUAUCCUGUGAUGUGUUUGUUUAGCUAUUGGUUUUACUAGAGGUGAUUCGGAAAUAAACGAAAAGGUUUCCGAUUGACAUCAGUAUACCUCCAUGAAAUAUGCUAAGCUGGUUAAAAGCUUAUAGUUUCUCGCUUCGCCUAAUAUACCUACUGUCGGUAGGAUGUCACAUGUAGUUAGUCUACACUGGAUGCAGCACUUAAUAUUUUUUGCUGGGCAACAUAAGUAUGAACAAACUUUAGCUUUGCAAUAUGAUUGGGAAUCCGAAUUUGUUAUGUGAGCUAUUACACAAGGAAAUACAACAUUAGAACAACAUGACGAAAAUAGUAAACAUUAAAAUGUAGACUAAACCAUCGCGCACAGCUAUACUAUGAAAGGACGAUAUUUCUUAGUUGCUUGACCCAGAUGUCUUUCCAAUUGCUACACUUGAUGGGGCCAGCACUGGCAGAAAUCAGCCAGAUUUCUAUAAAAAACUGAAUGGUCGUUUGGUAGCGAAAAGACUGACAAAGGAAACGCAAAAUUAAACAUUGAAUCCGAUUCUGCAACACUCAAUACUAAUGCAAAAGAUUGAUCUGAAGCUGACCGAUCCUAUACAAUAAAAACACAUAUACACAUACAACAGCAGAUGGUGAUGUGCAACUAAUCACAACAUUCAUGCACCUUGCCCGAACAUAAUGUAUAACAAAAACUUAUAAAUUAUAGCUAUAUUGUAAAUUAUGAAAGCCUAUUUGUUGUUUAGGUUUUAU